CAUCUGCGCUUGCGCAGUCUACUGACCGCGCAGUUCCUUUUGCUCCAGACAUUUGAAAGCUGGCACGACAAACACGUCUGAUCGGUGUGUAGUGCCUCCAUCCAUUCUGACUGAAAAUCACUGAAACGUUCAUACAAUCAUGGAGCUGAAUGAUGCUAAUCUACAAACCCUCACCGAGUUCCUCAGGAAAACACUGGACCCAAAUCCAACAGUCAGACGUCCAGCUGAAAAGUUUCUUGAAUCAGUGGAGGGAAACCAGAACUACCCCAUAUUACUUCUCACUUUACUUGAGAAGUCCCAAGACAACGUGAUCCGUGUCUGUGCUGCUGUUACAUUCAAGAAUUAUAUCAAAAGGAACUGGCGCAUUGUUGAAGAUGAACCAAACAAAAUCUCUAAUGGAGACCGAACAGCGAUCAAAGCAAACAUUGUUAAUUUGAUGCUUAGCAGCCCAGAACAGAUUCAGAAACAGUUGAGUGACGCCAUCAGCAUCAUAGGAAGGGAAGACUUUCCUCAAAAGUGGCCUGACCUUUUAACAGAGAUGGUGACCCGCUUCAGAAGUGGAGACUUUCACAUUAUCAAUGGAGUGCUUCGAACUGCACAUUCCCUCUUCAAGAGGUACCGACAUGAGUUUAAGUCUAAUGAGCUUUGGUCAGAGAUCAAAUUAGUUCUGGAAACAUUUGCCCUACCUCUGACAGAACUGUUUAAGGCAACUAUUGAGUUGUGUCAGACUCAUGCUACAGACAUCAAUGCCUUGAAGGUGCUCUUCUCCUCCCUUACACUGAUCUCUAAGCUUUUCUACAGCCUUAACUUUCAGGACCUCCCAGAGUUUUUUGAAGACAACAUGGACACCUGGAUGACCAAUUUCCAUAUGCUGCUGACAUUGGAUAAUAAACUUUUACAAACCGAUGAUGAGGAGGAAGCAGGCCUCCUGGAGCUGCUGAAGUCGCAGAUCUGUGACAAUGCUGCUCUUUAUGCUCAAAAGUAUGAUGAGGAGUUUCAGCCAUAUCUGCCUCGCUUUGUUACAGCUAUCUGGAACCUUUUAGUGUCUACAGGCCAAGAAGUCAAAUAUGACCUGCUUGUAAGCAAUGCUAUCCAGUUCUUGGCAUCAGUCUGUGAAAGGCCACACUACAAGCAUCUGUUUGAGGACCAGAAUAUACUCACUAGCAUUUGUGAGAAGGUCAUUGUGCCCAACAUGGAGUUCAGAAGUGCAGAUGAGGAGGCAUUUGAAGAUAAUUCAGAGGAAUAUAUCCGGAGAGACCUUGAAGGAUCUGACAUUGACACUCGGCGUAGAGCAGCAUGUGACUUGGUGAGAGGCCUAUGUAAAUUUUUUGAGGGUCCUGUCACAGCAAUCUUCUCUGGGUAUGUCAACUCAAUGCUGGGAGAAUAUGCCAAGAACCCCGGGGGGAACUGGAAACACAAAGAUGCUGCCAUCUAUUUGGUCACUUCACUGGCAUCUAAAGCGCAGACACAAAAGCAUGGGAUAACACAAGCCAACGAAUUGGUAAAUCUGAAUGAAUUCUUUGUGAACCACAUUCUUCCGGACUUAAAGUCACCUAAUGUUAAUGAGUUCCCUGUACUGAAGGCUGAUGCCAUUAAGUAUGUCAUGAUCUUCAGGAGCCAGCUUCCAAAGGAGCAGCUGAUACAGGCGACUCCUCUACUGAUAACCCACCUGCAGGCAGAGAGCACAGUGCAGCACACAUACGCUGCCCAUGCUUUGGAGAGGCUUUUUACUAUGAGAGGUCCCAACAACACCACACUCAUCACUGCGGCUGAGAUGGCACCGUUCACAGAACAGCUCCUCAACAACUUGUUCAAAGCUCUGGCUCUUCCUGGGUCUUCAGAAAACGAAUACAUAAUGAAAGCCAUCAUGCGCAGCUUCUCCCUGCUGCAGGAGGCCAUUGUUCCCUACAUUCCCACUUUGAUUGGUCAGCUCACUCAUAAGCUCCUCUUAGUCAGCAAGAAUCCCAGCAAGCCACACUUUAACCACUACCUGUUCGAGUCUCUGUGCUUGUCUGUUCGGAUCACAUGCAAGGCCAAUCCCACCACUGUCAGCAGCUUUGAGGAGGCACUCUUCCCCGUUUUCACCGAGAUCCUUCAGAAUGAUGUCCAAGAGUUUCUACCUUACGUGUUCCAAGUGAUGUCUCUCCUCCUAGAGAUCCACUCCAACUCUAUUCCCUCUUCCUACAUGGCGUUAUUCCCUCACCUGCUCCAGCCUGUUCUGUGGGAAAGGACGGGUAACAUCCCCCCUCUGGUGCGCCUCCUUCAGGCUUACCUGGAGAAAGGAGGUGCCUCUAUUGCAAACUCGGCUGCAGAUAAAAUACCUGGUUUGCUUGGAGUAUUUCAAAAGCUUAUUGCUUCCAAGGCAAAUGACCACCAAGGUUUUUACUUACUCAACAGCAUCAUAGAGCACAUGCCCCCAGACUCCAUCACACAAUACAGGAAGCAGAUCUUCAUUUUGCUCUUCCAGAGGCUACAGAGUUCCAAAACCACAAAGUUCAUCAAGAGUUUCUUGGUGUUUGUCAACUUGUAUUGUGUGAAAUAUGGAGCCAUUGCACUUCAGGAGAUAUUUGACAGCAUACAGCCAAAAAUGUUUGGCAUGGUAUUGGAAAAAAUUGUUAUUCCAGAGGUUCAGAAGGUUUCUGGAGCAGUUGAAAAGAAGAUCUGUGCAGUUGGAAUCACAAAAGUCCUCACUGAAUGUCCUGCAAUGAUGGACACAGAGUACACUAAACUCUGGACCCCCCUGCUGCAGGCCCUCAUUGGUCUCUUUGAGCUGCCAGAAGAUGACAGCAUCCCAGAUGACGAGCACUUCAUUGACAUCGAGGAUGCACCAGGUUAUCAGACGGCAUUCUCACAGUUGGCCUUUGCUGGGAAGAAGGAGCAUGAUCCAAUCGGAGACGCUGUCGGCAAUCCCAAAAUCCUGUUGGCACAGUCACUGCACAAGCUCUCUACUGCCUGUCCAGGAAGGGUUCCUUCAAUGCUGAGCACCAGUCUGAAUGCAGAGGCCCUCCAGUACCUACAGGGCUAUUUACAGGCAGCCACUGUACAGCUGGUUUGAAACUGAUGUGAUGGUGUUGAAAAUAUGCAGACCACAAUACACUGCAGGAGAACCCAGAGUGGCCUUGGGUCACAUAAGACAUGUGCUGAACUUGCAUCUUACAGGUUUGGUUUGACUUGGCGGCUGUGGUGGAUUUACUAGAAUAAUGAAAUGAUAAUUAUGGGUGCGUUCUCAGGUGGAAAUUUUAAGGGAUUUUAAAGACAUGACCAAAAGCUGUCUAAACUGGAGAACAGAUUUGUGUUUGGGCCCUUUGUUUGCUGUGUGGCAAAAACAAACAAAAGAGACAUGCUUUAGCAAGGAUUUGAAUAUCGCGCUCUGACUCAGUAUUGUGCUCAUUUAACACCUUAAUCAUAUGGGACAGAUUUCUUUAGCGCUUUUUUUCCAUGUUUGAAUUCCUUUUUACGGUUAUUGAAGACUGUGGUCUGUGGCUCAAACAUAAUGCUUAACAUUUUUUUGUUGCAUGUUAGCUGUAGAUUUGUUAAUGUCUUGUCUUUGUUUCUGCACUGUGUAUUGUGAAUAAAAGAGGCACUUGUUUAGAUCUGUUA